AUGGCUAACCCAGCUGGCAAGGCCAUUCUUACUGUCCUUGGCGUAUUCGGCUCAAUGGUAGGCUUCACUGGCUUCCUUCCCAAUGAGUUUCCCAACAAAGAGAUCCACAAGGUCGAUCGACAGCAGCAAGCUCAAGACUCAAUGGUACGCGUCGUAGUAGGACUCAACGGCGUUGAAGGGCUCACGGAAGCUGAUGGACCCAUACCAGCCGUCGUCGCCUUCGACGAAAACAAGAAGUACAUUGGCGCCUCGGAUUGGAGUCGAGGGUUCGGGUCUAUCGGGUCUGGUGGAUAUGCUGAUAUUUGGGUUUCGCAGAAGAAGGGCCCGGGCAGACAGGCAACAUAUCUGCAACUGCUAGGCCAUAACGAUGGUAUCUGUAUUGCCUAUAUUUCUCAAGUCUGGGGAGAUGGAACGCCGAGAGGAUGGUUGGGAGACAUGGGCCAAGCUUGCGGGAAGCGAUAUUACUAUUCGAAUAUUGUUGUCGGAGACAACGAUCACCGUCCAUACUGCACCUGGCUGAAUAGAGAUGCCGGUAGCGACGGUAGUGACAAGCUCGAACACAUUGAAGCAGCGGCAAUGCAGAUUCACAUGGAGGCUUUCACGAACUUUACUGAAGACUACAACACCGACCCCGGUUUCUACUGUCGGGAACCCGCCAUGCUCUUCCGCCGCAAAUUCAGCUACGAACUUUACCACGAUGAUUACGAAUUCGACGGACUACCUGACCCGGGAAGGAUACACUUCUGGUAUGCCACGGACGCAGACUCCAUGCCUCGCAAGAAGCGCAGUCUACCGCCUCGACGCUCCUCAAGAUUCGAUGGCCGUCUCAUCACGAGUGUCCACGGGCAGCAUAGCGCCCGUCAACUUUGCGAGAAUGACCACUCUUACGGUCCGGACUUUGUCUCGUAUGCGGAGAACGUGUUCUGCGAUAUGGGAACGAGGGAACACUGGCCGCUCUGUGAUGGGUCGGUCGAGGAUGAGUGUUACAGCAUGGCCACCCGUUCUCUGGUCACGCGCUCGGGAUACGUGAAGAGGAGCCACGUCCGUGUGGAGAGCUGGGAUUAA